CAGAUAGACAGAGCAGCUUGUUAGGGUGGAAAUCUGGGGCCCGGCGCUGACCGACUUACGAUGUUUUUGAACACGGCUUCUCCCCGGAGAUCAUUCGGCAUCCCAAUUAACAUCAACCUGCAGGGUGCUCGCAGGCGGCACGCACGGGAGCUCCUCUACAGGGUGACAUCCCAAGAAAAAGACGGAGGCGGAAUUGUCGAAGGUGCCGGGGAGCAGCGAGUUCGGAGCCAGAAGUUGGUGGCAAGCAUUGGGGAAGAGCGAGCCAUCUUGCUGGGCUACGGCAUGAUGGCCUUCUGUGUGCUCAUGUUCUUCGUGGUUGGAAUCACCACGGUCAAGCCGCAUGUGAACGGCAAGUGGGAGGAGGAGGACAGCUGUGUGCUGCUGCACACUGAAAUCUUGGAUGAGUGGGUGGACUGCAGAGGAGUGAGCAGGGUGCCGUGCCUGGCGGUCACCGUUAAUCUCACACGCUCCAAUCAAAAAGCCUUUCUGCACUUUGACGAGGAGUCAGUGAUGCUUGCACCCAAGUGUUUCUACAUGCCCAAGUGUACAUUGGAGCAAACAGAACUUGAAGGUGAAGCCCUGAAGGUGAAAACCAACUUGGACUCUCAGCUGGGAAGCGCCUCCUCGUGCCUCACAGACCUGGCCAGGCACCCCGGGGAUGUCAUCUUGAGCAGAAAGUACACCCUGAGGAGGACCCUGUACGCACUUCUGUGGCCUAGCCUGAUGCUGACUGGCGGAGCCCUGCUGGUGGGCCUGGUCAAAGUGACACAGUGUCUUGCUCAUCUGUCGGCUGAGAUAUGCAGCGUGACAGCGGGGGAGCGCAUGACUUCCAGAUACACUCGGGGAAAAUUUUUCCAACUUCUCCAGAGGUCGGCUGUGUGCUCGCCGAUGUGACAACAUGUUGAUGUCAGAAAAUAAGCAACAUGCCCAAAUUUGGUUGGCAUGCAGUGACUAAUUUAGCGAGGUCCAAGAAAUGGAGUGCAACUCCACCGUCCUCGUGGGGUCGAAAAUGCAAAUUGAGAUAUGCAAAAAAAAAUCAAAUUCUACAACUUAUUUCCAAUACAUGGACGUGCCUCAAAUUUGAUUUUAGAAUGUUUCAAUUAAAAUGGUUACGUGCCAUUUGGUGUGACUUGUGACAAUCAUGUUUUUGGGAUAUUUAAUGAUGGAUAUGAUAUCUUAAAAUGCAUUUGUCCACAUCAAGGAAAUAAAAAUGUUUUGACGGUU